GCGGGCCCACGCGGGAUGUCCGUUCCCGGGGCAGUGGCGCUCAGAGUGAUGGCGAUGGUGAAGGCGUCGAUGCUGGCGGUCUGCGCCAUGGCCGUGGCCGUGUGCUGGGCGGCCGGAGCCGGGGCCGGGGCCGGAGAGAGCGGCACGGACACCGGCACCGGCACCGACAUCGACACGUCCCGCUACUACAACUACGAGGAGAUGACGGAGCUGCUGCAGGGCCUGGCGGAGGCCCACGCUGCCCACGCCCGGCUCUUCAGCAUCGGCCGCAGUGUGGAGAACCGCUCGCUGUGGGUGAUAGAGAUCUCGGCCCCAUCCUCGGCCUCAUCCCCGGCCUCGCCGCCCAGGCGCCGGCCCCAGCUCAAGCUGGUGGGCAACAUGCACGGCGACGAGACGGUGUCGCGCCAGGUGCUGCUCUACCUGGCCCAGUACCUGGUGCAGGGCUACGGCCACGACCCGCGCGUCGGCCGCCUGCUCAACACUACCCGCGUCUACCUCCUGCCCAGUCUCAACCCCGACGGCUUCGAGCGCGCCGUGGAGGGCGAGUGCUCCGGGACCGCCGGCGCCAGGUGGAACGCCAGGAAGAAAGACCUCAACCGCAGCUUCCCCGACCAGUACAGGGCCCAGGCAGUGGAGGAGGCCGACGUGCCCGAGGUGGUGGCCAUGGAGAGGUGGAUUAAAGAAAACAAGUUUUUGAUUUCUGCGAAUCUUCACGGUGGAUCUGUGGUUGCCAGUUAUCCCUAUGACGACUCGAGAAAUCACGAAACAAAGGGGUACUACAGUAAGGCCCCGGAUGAUGAAGUGUUUAAGUACUUGGCCAAGACCUAUGCUUCCAAGCAUCCCAUAAUGAAAACGGGCAAACCACAGUGCGCUGACUCUCCUGAUGAAACCUUUCCUGAUGGGAUCACCAAUGGAGCCAAGUGGUAUGAUGUUCCAGGUGGAAUGCAGGAUUACAAUUACUUGCAUGGAGACUGCUUUGAGAUCACACUGGAACUCUCUUGUUGUAAAUAUCCACCUGCCUCUGCCUUGAAUGAAGAGUGGAAAAACAACCUUGAAUCCCUUCUAAGUUUGAUGGAACAGGUUCACAUUGGUGUUGCAGGAUUUGUCACGGAUGCCGUUCUUGGCUCAGGGAUUUCUGACGCUUCCAUUGUAGUUGCUGGCAUUGAUCACAAUAUUACAACGGGGAGUUUUGGUGAUUUCCACAGAUUGCUUGUACCAGGAAUCUACAAUAUAACCACGGUUGCACAAGGUUACAUGCCCUCCACUGUCUUGGAUGUUGAGGUACUGGAGGGACCAGCCACACAACUUAAUUUCACACUCCAAUCUCUAGAUAAUCACACCAUUGAGACAGUCACUCCAACCAUGGCAAGCUCGACUGAAUUCAAGAUGCACAAUGUAUCUGAAAUGGAGGAUGUCCAGCAGUCCAAUACCAUUGAGCCAGAGAACUUCAGACAUCAUAAUUACAUAGAUAUGGAGAUCCUACUGAGGAAAUACGCAACGGAAUAUCCAGCCAUCACAAGGAGCUAUAGCAUCGGAAAAUCUGUGGAAGAAAGAAAUUUGUAUGUCAUGGAAAUAUCAGACAAUCCGGGCGUCCAUGAAUUGGGCGAGCCAGAGUUCAAGUACAUUGGGAAUAUGCAUGGGAAUGAGGUGGUGGGCCGUGAGCUGCUCCUCAACCUUAUUGAGUACCUCUGCAGUAAUUAUGGCACAGAUCCUGAAGUGACCAGUUUGGUGAAUAACACCAGGAUCCACAUCAUGCCUUCCAUGAACCCUGAUGGAUAUGAACGUUCAACAGAAGGGGACAUGGACGGUGUAGUUGGAAGAAACAACAGUAACAACUAUGAUCUGAAUCGCAACUUUCCCGAUCAGUUCUUUCAAAUCAUUGAUCCGCGUCAGCCCGAGACAUUAGCGGUGAUGGAUUGGCUCAAUAGGAUUCCCUUUGUGUUGUCAGCUAAUUUACAUGGAGGUACUCUCGUAGUGAAUUACCCUUAUGAUGAUGAUCCAGAUGGCGCAGACAUGUACAGUAGAUCACCAGACGAUGCCGUCUUUUGCCAGUUGGCACUUUCUUUUGCCAAGGAGAAUGGUCCAAUGUUUGAAGGUCAUCCUUGUAAAAAUAUAUAUCCUGAUGAAUAUUUUCCUCGUGGAAUCACCAACGGUGCAAAAUGGUACAAUGUGCCAGGUGGCAUGCAGGACUGGAAUUAUCUUCAUACAAAUUGCUUUGAAGUUACUAUAGAGUUGGGUUGUUUUAAAUUCCCCUACGCUAGUGAUCUACCAAAGUAUUGGAAGCAAAAUAAAAGGUCCCUUCUGCAGUUUAUGAAGCAGGUGCACCGUGGUGUGAAAGGAUUUAUAAUUGAUGCCACUAAUGGAAAGGGGAUUUACAAUGCUACCAUCACAGUUGCUGAGGUGAACCAUCCUGUGAGAUCUGCCAAAGAUGGAGAUUACUGGCGGCUGCUCCUGCCUGGUGUCUACAAGAUCACUACCUCCGCUCGAGGAUAUACCCCAAAGACUAGGAGCGUGACAGUGGUGGAAGAGGCAGUGGAAGUGAAUUUCACCCUUACGCGUGUGGCGAACAACCACGACAGUGGCCUUGACCAAGUGCUCACCGAGUCCUCAGCAGACCCCGGCCAGGAAUUUGAAAAACUCAUCAAGAGCUUGUCUUCUGAAAAUGGGUUGCAGGACCUGAUUUUGUCCGCACGUGUCGACCUAAAUCUCUACCGUUACCAUGACUACAAAGACCUGUCUGAGGCUCUUCGUGGAUUACACAGUAACUAUCCCUCCAUUACCAAACUGAUCAGUCUGGGCCAGAGUGUAGAAGUGCGCCACAUUUGGGCCCUGGAAAUAUCAGAUCGACCUGGAAUAAAGGAAGUUGCAGAACCAAAAAUGAAGUUUAUUGCUGGAGUUCACGGCAAUGCACCAGUCGGCACUGAGCUGCUCCUGGCCUUUGCAGAGUUUCUUUGUAUUCUCUUUGGGAAAAACCAAGCUAUUACAAAGUUGAUUGAGGAAACCAAGAUUAUGAUAGUGCCGUCAGUCAACCCUGAUGGUAGAGAAAUUGCACAAGAGGGGCAGUGUACCUCCAAAGUUGGACAAACUAACGUACAUGGCAAAGAUCUCGACACUGAUUUCACAGGGAACUCGUCUGAACAACUAGCAAAGAUGCAGCCUGAGACCAGAAACAUUGUCAAGAACCUGAUCCUCAACCAAGGAUUCACACUGUCUGUUGUUUUGGAUGGCGGCUCUCUUCUUACAACCUAUCCUUACGACAAGCCUGUCCAAACAGUGGAGAAUGAGGAAACCCUAAAAUAUCUGGCCAAUGUGUACUCUAACAACCAUCCCAAAAUGCAUCUGGGCCACCCAGGCUGUCCCAACAACACAGAUGAGAAUAUUCCUGGUGGCGUUGUACGUGGUGCCCAGUGGCAUGGUCACAUGCACAGCAUGAAGGACUUUAGUGUUACCUAUGGCCACUGUCCGGAGAUCACAGUUUACACCGGCUGCUGUAAGUUCCCACUGGCUAAAGAGCUGGGUGCAAUUUGGCACGAUAACCAGAGGUCUCUGCUGAGCAUGCUUGUUGAGGUCCAUAAAGGCUUGCGUGGAAAGGUUACGGAUCAUGACGGGAAUCCCAUCCCAAGAGCGAAUAUAAUUCUGAAUGAAGGCGUGAGGGUGCCGACGUCGGAGGCAGGUUACUUCCACAUCCUGCUGGCUCCGGGACCGCACGACGUUGAUGCGCUUGCAGAAGGCUACCAGCAUCAGCGCAAAAAGGUAUUUGUGUCGCCGUAUGAGGCAGCCAUCACCUUGGUGAUGGUUGUUGAGCUGGAUAAUAAGUUGUUUGGACUGCCCCGAGAACUGGUGGUGACAGCAACAGGUGCAGCUUUGUCAGCAGUGAUUGUGACUGCCUGCAUUGUCUGGUGUGUUUGCUCCUUCAAGUCCAGUCACCAGAAAGACGGCUUCCAUCGAUUGAGGCAGCAUCGGGACGACUACGAAGAUGAGAUCCGAAUGAUGUCGAUGGGUUCAAAGAAAUCACUUCUCAGCAACGAGUUUCAGGAUGAAACGGAAAGCGAUGAAGACACACUACAUCAAUGAACAUCAAUGUAUCACACCAGCCCCACUGGUCUGAUAUUAACAUUCAUCUUUAUUGCCAAGUCUCAUGACUGUAGGAGAGGAUAUGUCUGGCCUACUACAGCACAUGGCAUUGGGUGGAAAUCUUGGAGUGAAUUCUGUCACGUUCUUGGUUGUCCGUUUGGGGAAAGUUGAUGCUGCAGGAAUGAAUAACAACUGAAGAUUUGCAUACACCUUGAUCUGACUGCUGACACAUACAAUGUGGAAGAUCAGCCAUACAGAGCCUGUAGUUACACCAUCUCCACCAUCUAAGCUCUGCCCAUCACAACCUCUAGCAAUCUUUUUAUAUAACAACAAGUACAAAAGCAUUCAUGUGCAAUCUAUUUAAUAAUCCUCCAACUAUUCACACCACUGUAUUUUGUACAAAUAAAGGGCCGCGGGUGGGGGGGGGGGGGGGGGCAGAGUGAAAUGGUGCACUCUAGUGCUGUAAAAUUCAUACAGGUCCAAGUUACUUUAAACCAAUGGAUGUGUUUUAAUCUCAGAUGUCGUGCAGCUUUAUGCUGUGCAUGAAUGUUGUUGGUCGUGUGGAGGUAACCUGACUCUGUACGUGCUUACCACCUAAUCUACCUUCAUAGAUCUUAAGAUUUAGGCAUUUAUUUUACAUUUUCUUCUCCUCUACAAUUGUGUAUAGUUAAUUUACAUUUCACUAUUUAACAUAGUUUUAUUUUAGUGACUGUAUGCAACUAAAAACAGCCGACUAAAAACUAGAUUUUUUAAAUUCUCCAAUUUUUUAAAUAUCACAGAAUGGUUACUAAAGUUCAAAGAGUGAAAUUAAAUGAAGGUCAGACUCUUAAACAAUUGAAGCAGUUUAUAGGACGAUGAUUGCUGUAGACACCAACAGCAGGGAACGGCGUGUGUGUGUCGGCACCUUUCAGUCCACAGACAAAGCGCUGGUUGCAUCUAAUUGCAGCAAAUAAUAUUAUAAAUUAGGAAUAAACUAAUGUUGCUGACAUUAAUGUAAUUGAUAAACUGAAUGUAAGAAGAUUGAUCAACAAUCAAUGUGCUGGAGUGCUUGAUAUGAUCUUUACGUCUCAUUUACAUUCUGCGAUUAACAGUAGUAAUGGACUGGUUUAGAGUUGCACACAGACUAUGUACUGGGAGAGUGAACCAAAUGAACCAUUUUUGCAAUUAGUGUCUUCAAUAUUAUUGCUGUUACUUUUCCCAUUGGUUUCCUGAUACACACUGGAUUAUUUUGUAAUCGGAGCUCCCUCAAUCGCAGUUAAACUGUUAACAGAGAAGCUUAAUUUUUAAAGGUGCUCUUUUAAGAGUAGAAAUAUAAUUCUGAAGUACUGCUGCUGAGACAGUGGAAUUGCUUACACUGAAUUAUGAUGGAACAGAAAAUGAGAACUAGUGGUCCUAUUGUAUGCUAUUUGAAGCAUAUUUUUUCAUAACUUUUCUAAUCUGAAAUUUGGGUGUAAAUGUUUUUCAGUAUAAUGUGGAGGUUAUUGAAUUUUGGUGAAGGAUUAUAGAAUAAUGAAUCUGUCCAGGUGUGUGUGUGUGUGUGUGUGCGUGUGAAUGUCUCGGUGUAUGCUGCUGAAUGUACACCUGAUCUGCCUAAGUACAGUACAAGAUCACCAGAAAUACAGCAUUGCCAAAAACACCUGAUUUAUAGCAAUGUUUCAGCACCAGAAAUGUCUUGCUGUACCUGAUGUUGUCAGCUCCAUUUUGGAGGCUUACUUCAAAAUGUUAUUCUUGUCAUCAUUAAUUUGUACCUUUUUUGCACAGGACUUUAGCCGAUUUGCGUGUUUGAUGAUAUACUGUGAUGCCUUAAAUUUUUCAUAUUGCUUUCACUUUGUGGUAAUGUUACUGGAUAUCAGUGAAAGGGUUUGGCAUCAAAAAAUAAAUGCAUUAUUGAGCAUAACUAUGGUGUGUAUGGUGGUAUGUGUAGUUAAACAGCAGUGGUAUUUAGUUGGAACAUCUUUCACUUGUUUUAAUGAUAGGUAUGUUAAAAGUUAAAAGAUGGAGGCGUUGUAUAUAAGUAAGUAGCAAGGCUGAUGUUGGAUACAUUUGAUUUCUUUCCAUUAGAUUUGUUUAUAUAUUCUCUGAUCAUCGGGUCAACACUUGGAAAGUCUAUCUCCAAAAUUGAAAUAACAAAUAAAAUAUAUUUUUGUC